UCACUUGACAUGAGUUCUGAGCAGGUUAUCGGGCUACACCUCUUCUGCAAACGUCAAUGAUCUCGGAUGUCCAUACAUUCACAGUGCUCCACCGCGAAGAAAGAAGUUUGGUGAAAUUGCCUCAUUAUAACUGAAGUGACUCUACUGGAGUGUGGGUGGCCUUGCAGCGAGACCUUGCUUGGGGAAAUUGGGCGCGGAAGCUGAGUACAGGGUUCAGACCCACGCGGCAGCAGCUCUUCCGUGAAGAAGGAAGCAAUCGGAGAGUCAGCAAUGAAUGUGGAACAUGAAGUUAACCUCCUGGUGGAGGAAAUUCAUCGCCUGGGUUCCAAAAAUGCUGAUGGAAAAUUAAGUGUGAAGUUUGGGGUCCUCUUCCAGGAUGACAGAUGUGCCAACCUCUUUGAAGCAUUGGUAGGAACUCUGAAAGCUGCAAAACGAAGGAAGAUUGUCACAUACACAGGGGAACUACUUUUGCAAGGUGUUCAUGAUGAUGUUGACAUUGUAUUGCUGCAAGAUUAAUGUGGUUUGCAUGGCUUGGUGUAUCUGAUAAACUGGAAUAAUUCAGUUAAAUGACUAACGUGAAUUUCCUUAUGUAUUUUUAUAGAACUUUGUAAACAAAGGGGGGCUUGUUGAGAAGUCCUGUUUUUAUACCUUGAAGCAAAACGUUACAAUGUAAAAUAAACAAAACCUAUUCUUUUUCUUAAGAAGGUAAUUGGGAAAUGUAGGUAACGAAACAUUUUUGGAGGUGUGAAAAAGCUUUUGUUCUCUUAAACCAUUCUUAAGACCAUUUCCACAGGCACUUGACAUUCUGUCAAAGCAAGAAGCAAACUGAAGACCAGCUGCCAUGAAAAACAUUGUUUAUGGAAUAAAAAAAAAGUGUAACUGCCUUUAAA